GUGAGGUCAUCCAAUAGUCUCUGUGAGGUCAUCAUCAAGCGGCCAUUUUGUGUCGCGAACUUUGGAAAGUACACCUUGUCGAGCCAGCAAUGUCCACGUAAUACACGGAUCAGUGCUUGUCAAUUAGUUGCAAUUCCUGACUUGUCGAGCUGUGGUAUGACGAUUCAUUUGUGACGGUAACAUGUGCAAGAAAAAAUUGUGAAGAUUUGUGGACUAGACGAAGAUACUUAAUUGACGAAGGAUGGGGACUUUGAAGAGACGAUAUGAUGCCUUGGAGGUCAAAGUGUGCGACCCCAGGUCAGAGUUAAACCAUGAGGCCCUAUUGGAUGGCAUUUCAGCCCUUGUGACUGAUGUUAACAUUCCAGCAGUCAAGAGAAACAAGAAUGUGGAAACGUUCCUGGAGAGAUAUGACAGUGCUGUUCAGGAGGUUAGUAAACACCGACUCUCUGCCAAGGAUUUCCAAAUCAUCAAGGUCAUCGGCAGAGGGGCUUUUGGAGAAGUCCAAGUGGUCCGGGAAAGAGAAAGCCGUAAGGUGUAUGCCUUGAAGCUCCUUAGUAAAAUGGAAAUGAUAAGACGGUCUGAUUCAGCUUUCUUCUGGGAAGAGAGGGACAUCAUGGCAUAUGCUAACAGCGAAUGGAUUGUUAAGCUUCACUUUGCUUUCCAAGAUGCCAAGUACCUGUACAUGGUCAUGGACUUCAUGCCCGGUGGGGAUCUGGUCAACCUCAUGAGUAAUUAUGAGAUUCCAGAGAAAUGGGCCAUGUUCUAUACAGCGGAGGUUGUACUAGCACUUGAUGCCAUUCAUUCUAUGGGAUUCAUUCACAGAGAUGUGAAACCAGACAACAUGCUGCUAGAUGCAAGUGGCCAUCUCAAGCUGGCUGACUUUGGCACUUGCAUGAAAAUGGACAGGGACGGUAUGGUGCGUUCAGAUACAGCAGUCGGGACGCCAGACUACAUAUCUCCAGAGGUACUCAAGUCGCAGGCUGGGGAUGGGUACUAUGGCCGUGAGUGUGAUUGGUGGUCUGUCGGUGUCUUCCUAUAUGAAAUGCUUGUCGGUGACACACCUUUUUAUGCUGAUUCACUCGUUGGAACCUAUGGCAAGAUCAUGGAUCACAAGAACUCCUUAGCUUUCCCUGAAGAUGUCUCUCUCAAUUCCAAAGAUCUCAUCUCUGGAUUCCUUACAGACAGAGAAAGCCGACUUGGCAGGAAUGGCAUUGCAGAGAUAAAGAAGCACCCAUUCUUUAACAGCAAUGAGAUGUGGACAUUUGACAAUAUCAGACAGACUGUACCUCCUGUGGUCCCAGAGUUGUGUAGUGACGUGGACACAAGUAAUUUUGAUGACAUUGAGCCUGAGGACAAACCAGAAGAAGACUUCACUGCUCCAAAGGCCUUUGCUGGCAACAACCUGCCUUUCAUUGGCUUCACUUACAACAGAAUUCACAAGCUGUUCAAUGCGCCGAAGGGAAACGAAGAGCAUGAUGGUCCAAGACCUUCGAGGGAUUCUAGCGAGCUAAUAGCCAAGUUAAAGGAAAUGGAGAAACGCUAUGCCCAUGAGAAGCAGUCACGGGAAAGCUUUGAGCACAAGUACAGGACAGCGAGUGCCAAGUUACACACAGCAUAUCAAGAGCUAGAGAGAGAGGAGGAUGAAAGACGAUGCUUAGAAGGAAAGCAAGAGCGGCUGAUUGCAGAACUCAAACAUGAAAAGAAAGAGAUGAAGAGAAAGCUGGACCAUGAGACGGAGAUGAGACGUCAGCUGGAGUCCCAGGUCAAGAUCAUCCCACAACUAGAGAUGAAAAUCCGUGAGAUGAAAUCCUUCCAGGACAAAGUCGCCAUGCAGGACCGGCAGAUUGACAACCUCAAAAAACAGCUGCAUGGAGAGAGUGAAACCUCGUCCAAAUUCAAGAAGACGCUGACUGAUCAUCAAAAGAAUUAUUCCCUGCUGGAGCAGGAAAUCCGAGACACCAAAGACAAGUACAAUCAGAUCCUGGAGACCAAGCAGUCUCUGGACCAUGAGAUCAUCUCCUUACAGAAUCAGCUGGAGGAGGAGCGAGAGAGACGAGCCCAGAUGGAGAACUUGAAGGUUGAGGUUGAAUGUCGUUCAGCCAACCUGACUUCUGACAUCUUCCGGAUGAAGGAAGAGGAGAGUCGGGCCAUCGCUGAGCAGCAGAGACAGCAGCAGCAAAUUAUAUUACUGGAAAAGAUGAAAGCCAGCCUGGAAUUUGACCUCAAGUCCCUCCAACACAAAGAUGAGCAGCGGGAGCUGGAGUACAUGGCCCGGCAAAAGGGCAUCGAUGAGGUCCACAGGACCUCUAGAACCCAAAAAGAGGCUAACAUGCAACUCAUUGAAGACCUCAAGAAACAAGUGCUGGAAGAGAAAGAAGCAAGGCAUCAGCUUCAUGAGAGUUGGCAGGAGGCCUUGAAACAAACAUCCCUAGUGGAAUUUGACCUGAAACAGGCCCAGCAACAGCAGCAGCAGAUGGAAGAUCAGAGAAAGGCAGAUAUUGGCAAGAUUGAGCAACUGAACCUUCAGCAGGAGCAAGAGGUACAGAAGAGGUCCUUCUUGGCCACUGAUCUCAAGACGGCCAACCAGCAGGCCAACAGCCUGAGAGCUGAGGAGAAACGACUACGUACUGAGAUGCAAGAACAGAAGGAAGCUAUGCAUAGUCUGCAGGUAGCACUACAGAAGAGCAAGCAGAAUGCAGCCCUUACAACUCUCCAGAUCAGAGAACUGCAAGAAAAUCUAGAAUCGGAGCAGGAAUUCACUCAAUUGUACAAAAACAACAAUGUAGUACUAAAGGAUCAGUUGGAGGAACAAGAACGUGAUUUGGAGCAGCGCAAGCAGAGCAUCAUAUCGCUGGAAUCUGAAAGGGAUUCCUUGUCCACGCAUCUGGAGAUUGCGCUUACCAAAGCAGACUCAGAACAACUUGCUAGGUCAAUUGCGGAGGGACAUUGCUCCGAUCUGGAGAAAGAGAAGACAAUGCGAGAAUUUGAGAUCAAAGACAACCUCCUGAGAUACAAGAAGGAUAUCAACGAGAAGAACAAUCUCAUCUCACAGUUGGAGGAAAAACAAAAAGAACUUGAAGAAACUAUCAAUCAGGUCAACAACAGAAUGAAAGUCGCUGCGUCGGAGAAGGAUGAGAUCAACACUAAACUGCAGAAUACCAUGCAGGAGCUGGAACAUCUGCAGACAGAUAAUGCCAACAUCGCUCACGUGAAGGAGCUGCAUAAAAAGCAAUUAGACACCGAGAAACUCAAGACACAAGCAGCUGUGAACAAGUUGGCUGAGGUGAUGAAUCGACGGCCCAUGAGCCAACGAGGCAACAAGGCUAGCUCCUCAGACCUGAAGAGGAAGGAGAAGGAAUGCCGUAAAUUGGAACAACAACUAAACGAGGAGAAAAGGAAAGGCAUCCAACUGGAGGCUAAGCACUCCAGGGACUACUCGGAAGUGCAAUCAGGCUACAAUGAAGAGUACCAGAAGCGAUGCCAACUGCAGAUGGAGCUAGACAGUCGAGACUCUGAGCUGGAGCAGCUGCAGCACCGGCUGCGAACCCUGCAGCAACAGCAGAAUGUGGACAAUCUGAGUAUCAACAGCUCCGGUGAUGCAGAGAGUGAGGAUGGAGGACGUCUGGAAGGUUGGUUGCAGGUCCCUAGCAAGAACAUCAAGCGUCAUGGCUGGAAGAAGAAAUACGUGGAGGUCAGUUCCAAGAAGGUGCUGUUCUAUGAGACAGAAGAGGAGAAGAAUUUCAAGAAGCCCUACCUGGUACUGGAUAUCGAUAAACUCUACCAUGUGCGUGCAGUGACGCAAGGUGACAUCAUCCGAGCCCCAGCCCAAGACAUUCCACGCAUAUUCCAAGUCCUGUAUGCCGGUGAAGGGGAAAGCCGGAGAGCUGACGAACCACCAAUUGAAGCCAACAAUGAGAAUAACAGUGACAUCAUCAAGUACAAGAACCACAAUUUUGACAUUGUGCACUUCCACAUGCCAACUCAGUGUGAAUUUUGUUUGAAGCAACUGAGUAGUGUAAUCAAGGCCCCUGCAGCUCUGGAAUGCAAAUUAUGUCACAUGAAAUUUCACAAGGAGCAUUUUGACAAAGGCGAGGAGUUUUGUGCACCAUGCAAAGUGAAUAUUGACCUGGACGUGGCCAAGAAUAUGCUACUGAUGACCGGCUCAUCUGAGGAGCAGCAGCGAUGGAUCAGUCGGCUGGGCAGGCAGAUUGCCAGUGUUCGCGGUUCCACCAUCCCACGGUCAUCCUCACAGAGCUCACCCAAUAGGUCAAAUUACCAGCAGUCCAUCCGACGAAGCAGUGGUCCAGUUCGUCAAUCCUCAACGGGAUCCAACUCCAAGAGGUAGCCGUAUGCUUAGCUCCAAAUAGCCAACUAAAUAGCAAACUCUGUUUCAUGGGUUCAGUUCAAGACAAAGAAAAUAUUCAUGAGCGUCAGUGGUGGUUACUUAGGGGGAAGAGGUCAUCUAACCCUCCUAUACUUAUAACUGUCGCAAACUGUCAAAAAACCUAACCCCUACCUCUCUCGGUAGCUUUUGUACAGGCUGGCCAUCAACUACCAGUAACCCCUAUGGAUCACAUGGUAUAACUGUCGGAGCCUGUGUAAGUGGUUUGAUUGAUAGGUUGCCCAUUAAUACUGCUACAGCUUGUGUAGCAGCCAUUUUAACCUGUCAAUUGUACCAACAUAAAGCCAGUUUACAGACCUGUUCAAAACUGUAACCUGUUAGAUGUGGACCCAUAGGGUUACUCACUACAGAUUGUCACUGAGAGAGGGAGGGUUCUAAUGGAGUAAACACAUCAUUGCGUUCAUUUUGAAAGAACCAGAAAUAAACUCUAAAACCAAUUGUUUUCACCCCUCAAUUUUCCCAACGUGUGUCUUUCUGUGUAAAAAAAAGGAGAUUCAAUCACUCAGGCCCACCAAACAGAUUUUUUUUAAUGAUGUGGCAGUGACAAAGUUCAUUUUGGCAGACGUUUUUCUACGUGUAGUGAAAAUUUGUAUAAAUAACAAUUACAUGUAUCAUUCAGUAUAUAUUUUGAAGUUUUCUGUGUUUUUCUGAAAAGAUUUCUAUAUUAACUUAGGGCAGGAAUAUAUAUAUAUUGCAGUGGAAUGGAAGGGUGUACUUGUGUACGACAAAUUCAGUCGUAAAUGUCAACAGCUCAGAUGUAGUCAUUAGACAGUGAUUGGGAAGUUUUUAGAUGGCCAAAAAUUUAAAACAGUUGAGUUUUUUAGAGUUGGUAAUUAUUCGUAGGAUCUUUAUUGUAGUCCAUUAAUUUAUGACUGACCUUUACUUUGGCAAUAAUCUGUGAAUCAAAUACCAAUAAAAAAAGUUAAUAUGUAACAAUUAUUGACUGCUGUGAUGUGGGAUAUGACGUUUUUAACACCGAGGGGAGCAUAGCACCCGAGACGAAUAUGCGCCCAGAGGUGUUAAUAAUGACAUAUUCCACAUCAUAGUAGUAAACAAUUGUUUUGUUAUAUCGUGCCAAUAAGUCAAAACGAUCAAUGGUUGUAACUUACUAUGCAAGACAUAAAUGAAGUCAGUGUGGUGUAACCCUUGAUAACAGCAGGCUUUCCUGCCCAACAUGAGACUGAGCGGUUGCGUAUUGCAUACAGUUCUCAGUCGGGAGCGCGUAUGCAGGCUCUACACAUGCGCGUGCAAUGUGCAUGGUAUAUGAGGUUUACCAUUGUAUAUGCGUUUGUACAGACUGGACACGUGGCCGUUCUCGACCAAUGAAAUUAAAGUUUCCAAGCACACGAUAUAACAAUUACAAAUAGCCGUAAGUGAAAGGAAAUCAUGUUUGGUUUCAGCUUCUUUUUUAAAAUUUAAUUACAAGCCAACAAUACACAAUAAAUAUACAAAUAUGUAUCAUUAGUUUUGGGAUAUCAACUUUCAGUCAUGAAGAAUUAGUUCCCUUUCGGUGGUGUUUUUUCCCCCUUUAUUUGUGGCAUAAAGAAAUUCUAAAGAUUUUGUUACAUUACAUAAUCCUAAGGUAUGCAUCAGCAGAGCAUGUAGCGUAGUUUGCACCAUAUUUUAUCAUUGGCAUCUGCUUGGAAAAGUUUUUGUUCUUCCAUUUUGCAAAGAUCUUUCAUAAAGGGAUAAAAUGAAAGGUGUAAAUGACAGACACCUGUCCAUACUUGUAGAAUAUCAACAACAUGAAACCGGGGCACAAGAAGACUUUUUGGAAGGUUAUUUGAAUCUAAACUCUACAUUGUUUUUGAAUGGUCUGUAUGCUUUGCAUCGCAAGCUUAUUGUACUCGUUGUGUUCACCUGUAUAUACAUUGUAUCAUAAUGUAAUAAUGACAGUACUCACAUAAAAGAACAUUUGUUUCUCACUUGGAUAAUGUGAUUUAUUAAUUAUGAGACAAAAGGUUUUGUACUCCAGAUAAGCUUUACUAAUAAUUUGUAUAUAAAAAUUUGAUUGUUAAUGAAAAUAGUUAAUAUACGUGUAACUUACAGUCAUUAGGGUGUCUUCAAAUUCAAGCAAUUCUUCAACUUAUAAGGUUGAAAUUCCUUUAUAAGGGGACUUCUGCAAAACCUAAUAUUGAUGGGACUUCAAUAUUUGUAUUUGGCAAUGCAUCUGUGUGUCAUUGUAUUCAGAUAUUUAUGCUUGGCAGGUCCUGGUAAUGCAUAAGAUAAUAGCAUCCUGAUUAAUUUGGCCAGAUUGCACCAAGUGGGUUGAGAGGCAGCAAAGCAUGGCCUCUAGUAAAAACCAGGCUUCAGCUUUGCUAUUUCGUGGCUAUGAACGGCCCAAUCAGAUAAUCGGGGAAUUCCAGGUAACAGAACUCGGAAAUGUAUAAAAAGGUAAAAGGUUGCGUUUUGUUAUUCAGUUGGGUAUUCCACCUAAUUUCUUUGACUACAUGUAACAUCCUUCACAAUAAUGAAACAUAUCAGGAAGGAUGGCAUAGGCCACGCUUUUUAACUGCACAGUUUAGUCAAGUUGUAACUGUGUAAAUAGACAUGCCUUACAUAUUAUUUUUUGUGUAUCAAACAUUUCGUUCUUUCAAACUUUUUUUUGUACGGAAUCAUUUACUUUCCAUUAGGGAAACACUCCCUUCUUGGCCUUAGAUUCGGUUUGUAUUUAAGCAUGCAUGUUAUUAUUACUUGAUGUAGAAACGAAAGGGGAAGUUUACUGUAUAUUUGUUUUAUGUUAUAUUAUUAACAAAAGAAAAGUAACAGUACCUAGAUAUUGCUAAAAAUAUUCAUUUACACAUGCUAAUUUCAGUUUUGAUUUUACCAAUCACCAUAUCAUUAUUUUUCUGUUAAGAUUUUACAGUUUAGUAUUUGCAUGGUCACUUUGCGGUGCCAUUUAUUUUGGUGACUAAUUAAUUCCUGCACAACGGUGUUCCAUCCUCAGAUUUUGUUUGCGAGAAUGUGUUUCAGCUCAAAAAUUUGGCACCUGAAAAAAACACCUAUUCCAUUAAUAAUUAAGUGUAACUAGAUAACAUUUCAUGCCUUCUAAAUGGGAGCUACAUGUAUCUACAAGUCUGUUUCUUACUCAGGACUUCUCAACAUAGAUAUUAUUGGAAAACUGUUUCAUUCAAAAUCUGUAAUCAGAUGACAUGUAAAGCUUUCGAAAAUCCCUGUUAAUUUAGUUUUAAAUUAUUCAAGCUCAUAAGAUUGGAGAAUGAAGAUGAAGUUAUCUUUGUUUUUUUUUUAGAAGUUUUCAUUAAAAUGGAAUAUCCCCUCAAUAAUCAAUACCAAAGGGCCGACUUGUCACUUGUCAAUAACCUAUGUAGUUACACUACCUGAGGUAAAUACAGGGGGAAACAGAUACACAUUGUCCAUUUGAUCCAUUGUAACAUUGCAGUGGCCAGCUGGCCCUAUUGUAACAUGCUGAUGAAGCUUAUUACAUGACUGGCAGGCCCAAAUAGACAUAAAUGAUAUCUAGAAGAUAAAACUCAAAUUUCUAUGUGUA